CAGAAAAGAUCAGGAAGAGUGGGUGGAAGAAAAACCUCCUUACAGAGGCGGCUGAUGAUGUAUUUUGCAAGGAGGUGGCGGUACGUGCUAGUAAGGCGAAGACGGCUGUUCAUAAAAUACGUGAGAAAGUACAGAAUGGUAAGACUUGGAAGAGUUAUAAAACUGAGGUACAAUAGGAAAUGGAUCAGCUUUAAAGGGCGAAGGCGAUAUAAAAAACUCAAAAGGAACAGGGUUAGGAAACGAAGACGCAGAAGACGAAGAGCUAGAAGACGACGAAAACGACGAAGGCGACGAAGGAGAUACAGACGAAGAAGACGAAGACAAAGACGAAGACGAAGGCGGAGAAGAAUUAGAAGACGAAGAAGACUCAUUCUGUUCCGAUAUGGCAAUCGCUGGAGGAAAGUGUUCCGAAGGAAGGGAAGACUUUUCUUCCGAAGUGGAAAGUUUUUCAUGGGUUUCAAGUAUUCCAGAGGUACAGUGUAUGUGAGGACGCGGAGGGGACGAUGGCGUCUAAUCCGAAGGUUACGAAAUAGGGUAAAGAUCUGGUCGGGACGUCAUUGGACUCGUCUAACGGUUCGUCACAGAAGAUUGUGCAUUCGUAAAGGAAGGAGGUUCAGAAAGAUCAGAAUAUUGAGAGGAGGUCAAGUCAGAGUGCUAUACAGAAUAGGUUGGAGAAGAAUUGGACGGCUACGAAGACAACGGCGAAAGCUCGUCAAACGUAGAAAACGUCUGAGGCGACGACGACGGAGACAACGAAGGAGACGAAGGCGAAGGAGACGGCAACGACGACGACAACGACGGCGUCGUAGAAGGCGACGAAGGAGGCGCAGAAAAUUGAGAAGGAGGAGACCAAGGUGCGUGAUGCGCUACCGGUAUGGCCGCAGGUGGAGACGAAUCGUGCGAAGAGGCAGGCGUUUCCUUAUCAAAAUAGGACGAAGACUGCGGUCAUGGAGACCACGAGGGUCCCGUGUAAAAAUUGGACGACGGGGAAGAUAUCACCCAAUUAAUAAACGGCUCAAGGUGAAAGUCGGUCUUGUAUGGAGGAGAAUAACGCUGAGGCGCCAGAAAUUGAGGAUCACGUGGGGAAGAAGAUCAAGACCUGUGUUGAUAACAAAGAAGCGACUGAAGGUGUUCACCGGGAAAAGAUGGAAAACAUUAACGAGGCGAAGGAGAUAUUCAAGAAGAAGAAUCCUUCGCAGGAAAAGGAGGCGACAACGACGGCGAAGAAGGCGAAUGAGAAGACGGAGACGAAGGCGACGACAAAGAAGACUGCGGAGGCGGCGCCGAAGGCAACGAAGAAAAAUAAGAAGACAACGAAGAAGAAGGCGCACGCGGCGAUCACGAUGUGUGUUGCGUAUUCGUUAUCACGGUCGAUUGAGACCAGUGUAUCGUAGAGGAGGUCGGCUGAUGAUGCGGUUCAAUAGGCGAUAUAUGAAAGUGAGGUACGCGAAUCGACGAUUAUUUAUCCGCCGUAAAAAUAAAUGGGUUCUCCAGACAAGUCCCCGAAUACGAGUGUUUGUAGGGAGAAGGUGGGCAAAGCUGCGGCGAAUUGGUCGCAGACUUUAUGCCAAAGGUAAACAAAUCCGAUUAACGAGAGGGCGAGUGAGAGUUUUGACGCGUAAAGGAUGGAAAGGACUAAGGUACCGAGGAAGAAGGCGGACAGUAAGGUACUCGAAGAAAUACUUGAGGAGGCUAAGAAGGCUACGAAAGAUGCGACGAAGACAACUCAAAAAGAUAAGAAGAAGGAAAAGAAGACGACAACGAAGGCGUAAGCGAAGGCGGCGAAGAAGACGUCGUAGGCGACGUCGUAGAAGGCGGCGAAGAAGGCGUAGAAGAGGCGGCUAUGGAAGACGAGGAAGAAAGAAGAGACUGAGAAGAAGACUCAGGAGAAGAAGACGACGAUUUAGGAGAAAGGCGAGAAGACGACGACGGAGACAAAGGCGACGUCGAAGAAGACGAAGACAGCUUUUGAGGCGAAAACGCCGCUGUGUGCUGCGGUUCCGAUAUAGAAGAGGCUGGAGAAGGAUCUUCAGAUGGAAGAAAAGCUUGGUUUUCCGAUUUCACGGAAAACUCCACUAUUUAAGUUACCAUCGCGGAGUACUCAGGCUCAGGUUAAAAAGAAGAUGGAUUCUAGUCCGUAAUCUGGGGUAUCGCCUGCGAGUCUAUAUCAGGGGCGUUUGGAGACUGAUACGUAAGAAGGGUCGCAACUUGUUUGUUAAAUACGGACGCAGAUAUCGAAGGGUAGGACUCUACGGAGGAUUUCCUAGAAUCAGAAUCGGAAAACGUUGGAGGUUAAUCAGAAAAAGAGUCAGUAGGAGGACAAGAAAGAGGCGAAGGAUCAAGAGACGGAGGAGAAGGCAACGAAGAAGGCAAAUGAGGCGAAAACGAAGGUACAGGAGAAGGCGAAGACGGCGAAGAAUGAGAACACGUAGACAGCUUCGAAGAUGCGUCAUGCGAGUCCGCCGUAAACGACGCUGGCUUCCUAUCAUUAGGGAAAGAGGUGUUUUGAAGAUACGAUUCGGAAGAGUUUUAAGGCUUAUCAGGUUCACCAGGGGUAUAACUUACAUCAAGUUUGGAAGGCGUUGGAUAAAGAGAAAUUACCAAGUCAACAUCCGAAUGGGAAGGAAAUGGCUGCGAAUGGUCCGGUUCGGUCGAAGAUUUGGCGUCCGAUUCAGAAAUAGGAUAAGGGUCUUGAACUUCUAUCGGGGCCGACCAAGGAUCCGUAUGCGUAGACACUGGCGAUAUAUCACAAGGCGAAGAAGAAGAGGAAAACGAGCGAAUAGGAGACUACGGAAAAGGAAUCGAAGACGAAGACGAAGGAAGUCCAGAAGAAGACGACGUAGAAGGAGAAGGAGAAGAAGGAGACGAAGAAGGCGAAGGAUAAGAAGGCGAAAGAGGAGAAGAAGACGAAGAAGACAAAAAAUAAGGCGACGACGCUGUGUUAUGCGCUUCAAGUUCCGAAACCGUUGGAGGAGGCUUGUUCGUAGAGGAAGAACGUUAGUUUUCCGUACAAGGAGAGGAUAUGGACGUGUUAGGUUCAUCAAAGGAAAGGUGAUAGUUUACCACAUGCGAAGACGACGUGUUCUUAGAAGAGCAAGACUCCAAGUUCGAAUCUCCAAAGUCUGGCGUACGUUACGAAGGUAUCGUACAGGCUUCGCUUUCCGUUACAGAAGAGGAAUGAGGCUAUUAAGAAUCAAAGGAGGAUUACCAUUAUACCGGUAUGGCAAUCGUUGGAAGAAACUGAAGAGAAGAUGGAUUUCUUCUAAGCGAAGAAGAAAGAGGAUUAGGCGCCGAAUUAUAAGGAAACGGCGACGACUUUUGAGACGUCUGCGUAGGCGACAGAGGAAGCGAUACCGACGUAGAAGGAAAGCGUUAAGACGAAGAAGAAGAAGAAGGAGGAGACGAAGAAGACGCAGAAGGCGACGAAUUCGACGAAGGAGGAGAAGAAGGCGACGAGGACGAAAAGGACUCCGUCGUCGUUUCAGAGGGGUGAAAAGGAGAAAAAGGAAAAUACAAAGACUUCGAAGAAGGAAAAGACGUUCAAGAAGGAGAAGAAGACGACGAAGAAGAAGGCGAAGGCAACGAAGAAGAAGAAGGCGCAGAAGGAGACGAAGAAGGCGAAGAAGAAGUCGUCGACGUAGACGCCGUCGUUGUGUAAUGCGUUUCCGUUAUAGAAAUAAAAUGACGAAGGUGUAUCGUAUUGGAAGCAGACUGGUAUUUCGCCGAGGAAGAAGAUUCAUAAGAAUCAGUUACAGCAGAAGAGGAAUAAUUAUUUAUGGAAGAAGAAAGCGAAUUUUGCGGUCUCCCAUCGCAAAAGUGCGAGUGAAUGGAAGAUGGCAAAGAUUUUUUUCAUAUCGUGGUAGAGGGGCGAUUGUUUACAAAAGAAGGCGGCCCAUCUUUAAGGUAAGGCAUGGACGGUUCUUGAUCAGGAUAAAAAGGACCUACAGGAGAAUCAGCUCUUACAGUCUACGAUACAGGCGCAGAAGGUUGAGGCGAAUACUGAGGAGAAGAAGACGAAGAAUCCGGAGACGUAAAAGGAGAAGAAGGCGCCGGCGAAGAAGGAGAAGGAGCAGAAGACAAAAGGGAAGAAGAAGAAGAUUACGACGAAGGCAUCAAAUACGAAGGCGUGGUUGUGUGAUGCGUAUUCGAUACAGGCGUCGCUGGAGGCUGGUGUAUCGAAAACGUGGUCGCCUCGUAGUGAAAAUAGGAAGGAGAGUACGAUACGUGCGAUACCUGGGUAAAAGGUUGAUGUUUAAGCGAAAGAGGAGAUGGUACAUAGUACGAAAAGCUCAAGUCUGGCUUAGAAGAUGGCGCCGCGUACGUUUCUUUAAGAAACGCUCAUACCUGCGGUACAAACUUAAGAACCACAGGUUACUUAUCCGCAGUGGAAGAAUUCGCUGGCGAACCAAAAGGGGUUGGAAAAAAAUCAGACCCAGACUGAGAGGCCGACGAGGAAAGCUUAGAAGAAGAAGAACAAGACGCAUAGUAAGAAGGCGUAGACGUAGACGGCUUAUCCGGCGCAAAAGACGAAGAAGACGCCGACGACGAAGACGGCGUCUCAGAUGUGUCAUCAAAGUAAGAUGGCAACGGCGAUGGAGAUCAGUGUAUCGGCGAGGAAAAUUCUUGAGUUUUGUCUAUAAACGACAACCAAUAAGAGUCAGGUUUUACAGGAGGCAGUUCCAAUAUAGAUUCGGACGGCGAUGGCGAACUGUAAGAAAUCCACAAAGAAGCGUUCGAGUUUUUUACAAAGGGUGGCGUAGAGUACGAGUACGAGGAAGAGAAGUAUACCUUCGGGUAGGUCGAAGAAUGAAAAGGUUGAAACUCCGCAGAUGGGGAGUGACAAUGCGACGGUUCCGUCGAUGGGUACCCUUGCAGAGAUAUAGACGAGGAAGGAGAGCAGGGCGGAUGCGUAGAAAACUAAGAAGGAAGAGAAGAAGGAGGCGAAGACGAAGACGAAGAAGACGAAGACGAAGAAGACAGAGGCGUCGAAGGAGACGACGCCGCCGAAGGAGAAAAGUUAGGAGAACCGUUCAACGGAUCAUAUUCCGUUACCGCGGUAAAUCAAGGGUUGUAUACCGAAGAGGAAACAGAUUCAUAUUCCGCUACAAGGGAAGGAUACGGCCAGUCAGAUUCCGUCGUAACGGCGUGUUCUUCUAUUAUGGACGGAAAUGGAGAAGGUUUUAUGGAAAGACUAUGAUCAGGUUACGUGGAGUGUACAGGAAUGUACGAUUUUAUAGGAAAAAAUUCUGGGUUUUCUUCCACAACCGGAAGACAAGAAUAGCUUUCAGAAGGGGAAGGGUGCGUUUACGUGUCGGGAACCGUUGGAGAAGAGUCAGGAGGCGUAGACGAUAUAGAAAACGACGAGGAGUAGGGCGUCGUUGGAGAAGGAGGCGAAGAUUAAUCAGACGUAAGAAACGAAGACGAAGAAGGAGAUUACGAAGGAGGCGUAGAAAAAGGAGACGAUACCGUCGUAAGUUGAAUUACAUACGACGAAAGAAACGGGGAAGCCGAUUGCGCUUUUACUGGCGGCGCAGGUGGCAUACAGUAUUCCUAUAUCAUGGAAAGUACACGUUCACGUACCUUGGAAGGCAAAGACGAUUAAGAUUCCGUCGAAGUCUUAUUUACGUGAGAGGGAAACGGAAGACUUGGCAUAAGGUACUGAAAACCUCCAAACGCCUAAAAGUUCUAGUGAGACGAUGGCGCCGUGUGCGAAAAUAUAAAAAAGGCUGGAGAAUUAUUUACAAAAGGAGAAAUGUAAGAAUUCGACUCCGACGUGGAAGAGUUUGCCUAAGGUGGCGAAGAAAGUGGCGUAAACUUCGAAGACGUCGAGCCCGGAGAAGACGCUGGGGCAGGCGAGGUAAACGACAGAGAGGAAAAUGGAGGAGGAAAAAGUUAAGGAGAAGGAGGAGAUAUAGGCGCAAAAAGCGAAGGCAACGGCGGCGACGACAGAGAAGGAAAAGAAGGCGGAGAAGGAGAAGAGUACGACGUAGACGAAGAAGAAGAAGACGAAUGCGUCGCAGUAGGAUACGAGUUUAUUUUAGACGAAGAUGGAAUUAUGUAAUCAAGAGAAGAAGCGGAUAUAUUGUCAGAUAUGGAAGAACAAUAUACCGAGUCAGGUUCUACCGCCGCUCAAUUAGGCUUAGUCGCAGAGGGAGGAGAUCAAUUAAUGUGCCUCGCACGCGCGUUCAAGUCAAGAUAAGAUACUGGCGAAAACUCCUUCCAAGGUUCAAGAUUCGUUACAGAAGAAAAACUCAACCUCUGAGAUUCUACAAAACUGGAUUAAAGAUUGGACGACGAUGGCUUUCCUAUCGACGUCGUCGGAUGACUAGGCGAAGAUCAAGACGACGACGCAUCAGAAGGAGAAGGCAAAGAAGGUUGAGGAGGCAAAAACGUAGAAGAAGGCGAAGAAGAAGGAAAAGGAGAAAGCGAAGAAGGAUAAGAAGAAGAAGAAGGAGAAGAAGAAGGAGAAGAAGAAGACAAAGACGUGAGAGAGGACGUAAAGUUCUUAAGUAUCGACGUCGAAGGGGAUCAUAUCAGCGACGCCUUAAGAGAAUGCGUAAAUUGAAAAAGAUCAGGAGAAUAAGGAAACGUAUUCGAAGACGAAGGAGGUACGGACGAAGACGAAGGAGAAGAAGGAAGAUGAGGAGAAGGAGGCGAAGACGACGAAGGCGUAGAAGGCAAAAACGAAGGAGAAGACGCAGAACAAGAAGAAGAAGACGCCGUCGACAAAGGCGACAGCGUUACAGUGUUUUAGGACUGAAAUAUUACCGCAGAUGGAGAAGCGUUUAUCGCCGGGGACGGAAAUUAUACUUCCGUUUCAGAAGAAAGUCAAGAAGAAUUAAGUUUAAAUAUGGCGGAGGCAGGAUAUUGAUACGUCGUCGUGGAACGUGGAAAUCGAUAUCUACGAGGAGGCGACUCAGAAUCAAGAUAAAUCGCAAAUGGAGAAAAGUUGUAAGGUUUAGAGGAGCUUUCCGUGUUCGAUACGGAAGGCGAAGGUGUAGAGUGAAGAUCCGAAGAGGAAGGGUUAUUGUCAAAAUCAGACGAAUAUGGAGAAAUAUACAGCGAAAGCGAAGAUACAGAAGAAGGCGAGGAAGACGAAGAGUGCGAAGGCGACGCCGAAGAAAUAGAAGGCGACGAAGGAGAAUUAAUAGACGAAGACGAAGGCGAAAGAGAAGAAGGAGACAGCGUAGAAGAAGACUGAGGAGAAAAUACAGAAGGAAAAGAUUACGAAAUAUAAGAAGACGACUACGAGGAAAAAGGUUGUGGAGAGGAAGAAGACGUAGACGGAGAUCUCGUCGGUACAGGAUGCGAUUUUUCUUAAACGGUCGAUGGGGAAGAGUGUUCAGACGUAGAGGAUACUUGCGAGUCCGCAUCGGGAGAAGAGUAACAAAGAUAAGAUAUCGUCGUGGCCGCUGGACUGUGUGGCGCAAAAGAAGAUGGUUUGCCCUUCGUGGAAAAAGCCGUCUGAAAAUACGUUAUCACAGGACGUGGAGGCGGAUUGUUUACAAACGCAACAGGCCUGUUGUGCUCGUUGGAAGAAGAUACAGAACAGUGCGGAUCCGGCGCGGACGAUUGAUCAUUAGGUUUAGACGUAAAAUAACAAGGCGAAGGAAAGGCUAUGUAAGGAGAGGAAGAUGGUCGAGGUUAGGCCGUAAAGGAUUCCUGAAACGUUCGAGACGUUCACGACGCCUGAAACGUCUGAGAAGAUUAAAAAAGAGGAGGAGACGGCAAAGGCUAAGGCGGAGAUUGCGCAGACGAAAGAUCAGACGAAGAAAGAGAAGGUACAGGAGAAGGAGGAGAAGAGCAAGGAGAAGAAAAAGACGCAGAAGAAGAAGGAAGCGACGCAGACGAAGGAUCAGGAGACGAAUUAGACGAAGCAUAAUGCGAAUCUAUUAUGCUAGGAGAUGGAGGGAGGUUUACAGAGAAGGAACCAGACUGAGAUUUACAUUUGGACGAAGGCCCUACUUCGUCAGAUGUGGCUUUAGAAAGGUAAGCAUUUUCCGCGGAGGUAGAUGGAUUCGACUUAGCCGGCCGAACAGACGCAUAAGAGUGUUGUACAGGAACCGCUGGCGACCAGUUACGAGAAAUAGGCAAGGGUUACUCCUAAGAUACGGCCGAAAAGGAUAUCUCAUGCGCUUUACAAAGGGAUUAAUUGAUGUUUACCGCCGAGGACACUGGAAGCGUCUCAGAAACCGCCGCCGAAAGGUUUCACGGCGUAGGAGAAGGUUAAGCAAAAAGAGAAGAAAACGACGACGUAUGAGAAGAAGACGAAGACGAAUCCGACGAACUCGUCGACGAAAGAGGCGACAACGUCGAAGGCGAAGAGUGCGAAGAAGACGAGCUAGUAGACGAAGACGUUUGCGAAGGAUUAUUAAGCGACUGGGGAGGGGUAAGAAGAGACGCCGAGGAAUUCGAAGAACCCGAAAGCUGUUCAGUGUCCUUCGGCUCUUUUUCAAAGGAGGAUGGAGAAAAGCUUAUAAAAUUGGAGGUCGCUUGAGAAUCCGAUACCGUGGAAGAACAACCGUAAUAAGGUGUAGUCGUGGUUAUCUUUACAUCCUCUCAAGAAAACGAUGGCGUAGAAUAAGAACACGUGGUAAAGUUCAGGUACUGUAUCACAGACGCUGGAGGUACUUGAUAUCAGUAAAGAGAAGGGGAAGAAGAAUGCUCGCUGUCAGAUAUGGUCGUAAACUAAUUAAGAUCACUAUCCGUCAUGGUCGAGUCAAAAUGUUUGUUCCAGCACACUUCGAAACGGUUAAACCAAAGCCAAAACCACGACCAAUACGACGAAAGCGGCCACGUUCACGUGGACGAGGACGUUAUGGGCGUCUAAGAGGGCGACGAAGACGGCGACGUUGGCGAAGACGACUUCAACGACGACGGCGAAGGCGUAGACGGCGUUAUAUACGACGCCGCCGAAAACCUGUGUUCCUUUUCUAUUAUCGACGACGCUGGCGUUCUAUUAUCAGAUGGCGAGGUCAAAGUAAAUUGCGUUACCGCGGAAGAUGGAUAACCUUCUAUUAUCGAACAGGACGAUACGUCAGAAUCACUUACAAAGGAAGAAGCCGCAUUAUACGUCACGUCAGUCGACGUUUCAAGUUACGUCUGGGUUACAAGCGAUGGAGUUACCUUAGAGUACGUAGUGGAAGGCUUAUGGUUCGUUCGUUGGGACGUUACAGGCCAUUCAGGUUAACGGGCGGUCGCAUCAGGCUACUAUACGGCAGAAGAUGGACAAUAAUUAAGAGACAACCGCGAAGCCUAAGGAGACGAAGGCAAUUGAGACGUCGACGUCGACGACGACAAAGGCGACGCAUAAGACGGCAGCGUCGUAGAUACCGACGACGUAGGCGACGAAUAAGACGGCGCAACGUUUUACGUUUCUAUUAUGGUCGAAGAUGGAUAAGUGUAUUCCGCAGAGGUAGUUCAUUGAGAUGUCUAAUUGGUCGCAGAUGGAGACUUGUUCGAUACCGUAAAGGAAGGAUCGGAAUCAGAUCUGGAAGGAGAUGGAGGUGGUUGAGCAGACGAAUCAAAUUCCGCUUUGGCCGAAGAUGGCGAUUAUUGCGAUUUUACCGUGGAAAACCUCGCAUAAGAUUUAGAGGAAAACUGAAAAAGCUGCGCAUAGCUUACGCUAAAUUGCGCAUACAAAACAAAGGAAGAUGGUUGAGACCCAGGACACGCAGAAUUAUACGACGACGACGACGAAGACGACGAAGAAGAAGAUUAAGGAGGCGAAAAAGACGAGCGAGACGGCGACGCCGGCGAAGAGGACGGGGAAGGCGCCGUGUACGUCGAUGCGUUAUGCGUAUACGGUUCAGAAGACGAUUAAGGAAGAUUUACAAGCGCAGAGGAGGAUUGGUGAUGCGCUUAGGAAGGCGAUACAAGAGAGUAAAGUACAAGUCCCGGAAAGGAAAGAUCUCAUUCAGAUUCAGAGGAAGACGACGUUAUAUCAAACCGUACAUCCGCAUCAAAAGGCGAUGGUGUCGUAUAAGACGACGCAGAGGAAGGGUCACUGUAAAGUUACGAGGAAGAUACCGUCGAUUCAAGCUUAUACGUGGAAUACCAGCCUUUAGGAAAGGUAGGAAAUGGCGAAGAAUCCGUUACAGAACUAGGAUAUCACGAAGACGUCGUCGCCAGAGAAAACGAAAAUAUCGACGCAACUUACGAAGGCUACGCCGCUUAAGGCGUUACCGCCGACGAAUGAGGCGAAGAAGGAGACGGAUACGACGGUCCAGGAGACGUAACAGCUCCUUCAUGAUCUACUAUCACCGAAAGAGAAGAGUAGUCUUCAGAUGGAAAGGAAGAUUGACCUUCCGCCUUGGAGGAAGGCGAAGAAGAAUCAGGCUCUCUCGUGGCCAGCUAUAUUACUACUUCCGACGAGCUUGGAGACAUGUUCCGAUGAAGAAGUAUCGACUCUACGUGUACAGUAGAAGGAGAUGGCGACCAAUUUUAAUCCGGCGUGGAAAACUUAACGUUCGCUUUCGUAGACGGUACAUACCAAUCCGUGUCACCACCAAGGGAACCUCUAUUAAUCUAAAAGGACGCUGGGUACCUCUCAAACGGCGAAGACGUGCGCGUCCCAGAAAAAGGCCUUGGAGACGCGGACGACGCUACGGGCAAAGGCGCCCCAGCGUGAUGCGUUUAUAUUUGGGAAGACGUUGGAGAUCAGUUUACCAAAGCAGAGGAAAGUUCUUCUUCCGCUAUAGACGCAAGACAUGUAGCCUAAGAUUUGUGCGUGGUUCAGUCUCAUAUUUCUUUGGUCGAAGAUGGUAUCGAAUCAGUCCUGUAAGUAAGUUAAGAAUCCGUGUUAAAGGACGGUUCAGACGAGUAAGGAUAGUCAGGAAAAACAUCUAUGUCACUUACCGACGCAAACGCACGCCAAUUCGGAUCAUAUACGGCAAAAUACGGUUCUACAGCAAGAGGAAGUGGCGACGUAUUUCUACCCUCCGUGGCCGGCGAACGAGGAGACGUCAACGGCUAAGAAAACUCAGACGGUACUGGAGACGGUUUAGGCGCAGAAGACGAAGGCGUCGACAUCGAUACCGAAAACGCAACGGCAGAAUCUUUUUCAGAUGGGGUAGAAAAUUCAACCUCGUUCGAAGUAAGAAAGGACGACUCCGCUUCCGUAUCGGCACCAAGUACUAUUUCCUUAGAAUCCGAGACAAAAGAGGUAUCUGGAUACGCUCCGGCAGAAAACCAUGGAGUCUGAUUAGACGACCCAUCAGACGCUUGAAGAUGUACGUCCGUGGCAAACUACGCUGGAUUUAUCCACGUAAAGGACGUUUGAUGGUCUACUACAAGCGAAGAGGACGCCCGAUACGAUUCCGAAACGGACGGCCAUUUGUUUGGCUCCAUAGGAGAUGGAAAGGCCUUAGAGUAAGAUCGAACUACGCAAAAAUGCGAAUCCGGAUUGGAGGCGUUUUAAGGAUUAUCCACAGAGUAAAAGGCCAGUGGACUGUACAUUACCAAGGCAAAUCCAGAAAGAUCAAGCUGCGUGGACGACGAUUUGGAAUCCGUGUCGGAGGUAAAUGGAAAUAUAUUCCUGCAAGGGGAGGAGCAUUGCAGAUACGUUAUGGAAGAAUGUGGCGACGAGUCAGGAACUGCUGCAACAAACUGAAAGCUGUGUUACGAGGCCGCCUUCGACGAAUCCGACUUCGGUACGGAAAAGCCAAAAUGCGAGGAAAGAAAGGUUGGAGUAGGUUAUUACGCAAAGGAUUUGGCAAAUUUCGCUUAAAACGACUGAGAGACCAACCUGUUGCACAGACUACCAUACAAGAAGGCGACCAACCACAGGGAUCUGACACCAUCGACCCCAGCCCAGCCACAAAUAAGUCUCCAGGAUCGCAAGUUUUUGACUCGCCACCCACAGCCGCUGACCGAGAAGUUCCACCUCAAUCAAUUACCGAUGAGAUUAGCCGGGAGACUGGGUCGACGAUGAACGUGAAUGACUAUCUCUGAGCAGACCAAUUGGAAUACAGCAAACGGACAACAAAAAGGGACAGCUUUAACAUCUAUUUAACCUACUAACAUUCUUUUUUUCUUCUUUACUUACGGCAGUUAGCAAGAUUAAGAACUGACAUGUAUUUUAAUAUAUUUAUGGUCGAACAUUAUCAGACCUUGUUCGACUAACCUUCUAACGACGUGAUGCGCUGCCAAUAUAUAUUUAACAACCUACUUAUCCUACUAACAAAUUUCAUUGUUUUAAAAGUUGUUCCUUUGUAUAACCAAUUAAAGCAUUAAGAAUUCA